AUGAGUAAUUUUAAUUACAAAUAUUUUAAUACAUAAAUUUAAAUAUAAUUUAAAAUAUAUUNAAUCAAGGCAAUUCAUUACUAAAUUAAAAUAAUUAUGAGGAAGCCAUUUAGUGCUUUGAUGAUGCUAUAAAAAUCAAUCCUAACAAUUGUUUAGCAUUCAAUAACAAAGGUAUAUGAUUUGAUUAUUUUAUUUUAGGCAAUGCAUUAUAUUAAUUGAAUCGUUUUGAAGAAGCUAUUAAGUGCCACGAUUAAGCUUUAACUAUCAAUCCUAAUAAUUGUUUAGCAUUCAAUAACAAAGGUAACCGAUUUUUUUUAUACUUAAUUUAGGAGAUGCAUUAUAUAAAUUAAAUCGUUUUGAAGAAGCCAUUAAGUGCCAUGAUAGUGCUUUAAAUAUAAAUCCAUAAGAUUGUGAUGUGCUCAAUAAAAAAGGUAAUAUUUUUUCAUUUUUAAUUUAGGCAAUUCAUUAUAAAAUUUAUAUCGUUUUUAGGAAGCCAUUAAGUGCUAUGAUAAAAUCUUAACAAUCAAUCCUAAUAAUUUUUUAUCUUUCCAUAACAAAGGUAUUUGAAUUUUUUAUUUAUUUUAUUUUAGGCAAUGCAUUAUAUAAAUUGAAUCGUUUUGAGGAAGCGAUUAAGUGCUAUGAUAAUGCUUUAAAAAUCAAUCCCCAAGAUAAGGAGGCACAAACAAAAAGGCUUAGUGCUUUAGGUAUGCUAAAGAAACAAUAAUGA